AUGGCUCCGGGGCUCCCCGUAUCCCUGACACGGCCCCCCGCCGCCAUCUUGUUAGCGCCGCCGCUCUAUCGUGAGGGGCCGGGCUGUGUGAUCCCUUCUGCCCGCCACGGUGAGGGGCCGGGCUGUGUGGAGCCCUCUGCCCGCCACAGUGCGGGGCCAGGCACCGCGGAACCCCUGCUCGCCAUGGUGGGGCGCCGGACGCUGUGGAGCUGCUCCCUGCAGCUCGCCGCGCUGCCCUCGGCGGCGGGCUGGUCAGGUGGAACGCCGCAGCCGUUUAAUAGCUCCUACCGGAGACCUGCAGAGCCGCCGCCGCCGUGCAAGGGGUGGAGCAGCACCAUGGAGGAGGAGAAGGGGGACGAGACUCUUCAGGGGCGGCAGCAGCAGCCCGGGAGUUCUCCUGGAAAAGGUAUGGAUAAGAACACAGAUGAAGAGCAGCCUUCAACUGCCUGUAACCAGUACCCUAAAGAAGCAGUGAAGAAACGUCAGAAUUCGGGUCGAGGUUCCGGGGGCAAUGAUUCUUCCAAGACCUUCAGAAAAAGCUUCAGACUGGACUACAGACUAGAAGAGGAUGUAACUAAAUCAAAGAGAGGCAAAGAUGGGAGAUUUGUCAACCCGUGGCCAACAUGGAAAUCACCAACCUUCCCAAACUUUUUGAAAUGGUCCUUCAUGGAAAAAGAUAACAGCAACGUGCCACGCUCAAAGCAGGAACUGGACAAAGAACUUCCAGUGUUACAACCUUACUUUGUCCAAACGCCAGAAGACGCUGGGAAGACAGGAGCUGGAAUGCGAGUCACGUGGCUGGGACAUGCCACAGUUAUGGUGGAAAUGGAUGAACUGGUGUUCCUCACUGACCCAAUCUUCAGCCAGAGAGCCUCCCCUAUCCAGCUGCUGGGUCCCAAGCGCUUCCGAGGGCCCCCGUGCACGGUGGCGCAGCUGCCCAGGAUCGACGCGGUGUUGAUCAGCCACACGCACUACGACCACCUGGACUACAACACCGUGGCGAGCCUCAACGAGCGCUUCGGCAGCGAGCUGCGCUGGUUCGUGCCCCUGGGGCUCCUGCAGUGGAUGCAGAGAUGUGGCUGUGAGAAUGUGAUUGAACUGGAUUGGUGGGAGGAGAACUGUGUCCCUGGUCAUGAUGCGGUGACUUUUGUCUUCACUCCUUCCCAACACUGGUGCAAAAGGACUGUGACAGAUGAUAACAAGGUUCUCUGGGGCAGCUGGUCUGUCUUGGGACCUUGGAACAGGUUUUUCUUUGCAGGAGAUACUGGAUAUUGUUUUGCUUUUGAACAAAUAGGUAAAAGGUUUGGACCUUUCGAUCUUGCAGCCAUCCCCAUUGGAGCUUAUGAGCCAAGGUGGUUUCUGAAAUACCAGCAUGUGGAUCCUGAAGAAGCAGUAAGAAUCCAUAUCGAUGUUCAAGCAAAGAAGUCUGUAGCAAUUCACUGGGGGACUUUUGCUUUAGCAAAUGAGUAUUACUUGGAUCCUCCGAUUAAGUUGAAUGAAGCUCUCGAAAGAUAUGGCUUGAAAAAGGAUGACUUCUUUCUCUUACGCCAUGGAGAAUCACGGAAUUUGAAUACAAAUGACCGGUUUGAAAACUGACAGUGUCACUUGCGGUUUGAUUUGAACUAGCAAUUAAUGUUACAAUACUAACAUAGCCUACGUACACAAUAGACUUCUGCAGAUUGAACUGGAUUUCUAAAUGCCAGGCUUGCCAGUUUCAGAACUAAAGCUUGCAUACCAAUUUCAUGACAAAUUUUACUAGUUACAUUGUUUAUAAAUUUAGAGAGGUGAUCUAAAAGUGGCUUAUAUAUUAAGUGUUGUCUGCAAACUUGCUCUGAUGUACCCCACUGAUAAAAAAAUAAUUUUUUAAACUCCUCUUCUUACCUGCAAGAGCAAUAAUAAACUUCAGCACAGAACAUAUCCUUGGGAUUAAUGGCUGACUUGAAUUUUUCAUUGUUAGACUGUCAUCUCCCACUUUUUAGUCUUCAGGUUAUGCCCUGUACCUUGAUAGCUUCACUGUAUGUUUUGUGGGGUGAAGUCUUCCAAUACAGCUGUGUUGUUAAAGCACAAGCAUGGUAAAAUUGUUUCACUCUUCAUUGUCAUGUAUUAAUGAACCACAAAAGCUGAAUUUUACAUCAAAGAAAUGUGCCUUUUAAAGAGAGACAUAAUUUAAUAUUGCAUCAUGGAUGUGUUAAACUAACUGCUGGCCAGAGUAUCUGCACAUUACUAUUGUUUUACUAUUGUUUUGUCUGUGUUUUUAAGUUAGGACUGAAUGUGUCAACUGCAGCACAUGAAGUGGAAAAACCUCUUAUUGUCGCUUGUCCUUGCAUUAACUCAGCCUUUUUCUAAGUACCUUUUAUUUUCCUCUUUGUCUUUUUUUUUUUUUCUUUUUUUCAGUAGAAAGUCUUAAGCAAGGGCUGUGGUAUUUUUUCUAAUAGCUUCCCUAUAAUUUUAAAGUUGAAUGAGAGAUUACAACAUUGUUCAGUGUUAUAAAACUUGGCCAAAUAUAUCUGUAUCAAAUUGUCUUGCUAAUUUACAGAAUUAAAGCCUAUUGUUGCCAAUAAAAA